UCCUCUCUUUAAUUGCAGCCGAAAAAUGCGUCGGAUCGGAGAACAGGCAGCAGCCGAAACGUUGCCUACUCCCAAAACCCGUCGAUAAGCGGAGUGGCACCUAGCAGAGUACCUCGACGACGACGUCCAGUCAGUAUGGCUAAAACGUUCGUGGUGUUCGCGACUUACCUGUCGCUCUCGCUCGCGCAAGACCGACUGGCGAGAUCGGGCGACUUGGACCGCGGGCCUUCCGACCCUCCCGAUCCCAACCCCGUUGACAAUUUUCGCGGAAACGGCGUUACGACGAGAUCCAUAGACUUUUACGGAAGUGACAGUUCGAAAGGGUUGAAUAACGAUAACAACCCCAGAUCGAUGGGGGCGAACAUAGGUGUUAGUUACGUUUCGAGUGUACCGAUACAACCCUUGAAGCUGUACGGGUGGAACUCCACGUCUGCCUUAAGGAGACGCUUGGAGCUCAGCACGGAGUUCUUUUUGGUGCCUUCGACUUCAAAUCCCAGCCCUGCAACCCCUAAACGUCCUGUUUUAACGGCUUGUGUAGGGUGUUCGGUGGAGACCAAGAAGAUAGACGCGUUCUUUCGGGAUGAAGUUUGGGUGGUGCCGAUUUUAUCCCUUUCAGCCGUUACCAUGCUACUCAUAGCGGGGUUCGAAGUGUUCGUUUUGUGUAAAGCUUACUAUACGACGCCCAGUCGAAGACACUUAUUCCUAGGGCAGAUGCUGUUGUUGGGGUUGUUUUCUGGCGCAGCUCUAGCCGGGGUAUUCACUGCAUCCCCUACGCAUUUUACCUGCGCCAUAGUCAGGUUUGGUACCGGAGUUACGUACGCCAUAGUGUUCGCUUCCCUUCUGGUGAAAUGCGUGUUUUUAGUGAGCCUCAACGGUGGCGUUUACCUGCCAGCUCCGUACCAAGGACUCUUACUGCUUUUCGCCAUCCUCAUCCAGGUGGCUAUAGGGGCGCAGUGGCUCCUCACCAACCCUCCCAUAGUGGACGAAGUGACUUUCGACAACGUCGGUAGCAACAAACACGGACUUGUCCUAACCGCUGAAGACUUAGGGUCGCCAGUCACCGUGAAGCUAUGCCGCACCCCUUUCAUAGACAUGAUCUUCAGCUUGAUCUACGUGGUGUUCCUCGUGGUGUUCGUGACGGUUUUGGCGGUGAAGUCGCGCGGCAUCCGGGACAACUACAGAGAGGCUAGCUACAUAGGCAUGUCAGUCGGCUGCAGCAUCGCGAUAUGGGCGAUCUGGACCAUGGCCGGGUUUGUGGUGCACGAGAGGCAUAAGGACGCCUGCAUCGCCUUGGGUCUGGUCGUGUCUUCGAUAGUCGUGUUUCUGAUCAUGUUCAUGCCGAAGGGCAGACAGCUGGCUGCGAUGGGCAAGGAGGGGGUGUACGUGGAGGACAGGGAGGAUAGGUUCAGCUCUUUGAGCCGAGCCGGGUCUGGUUACUCGCCUUCGUUUUUUCAUUUCAAGCCGGCCAAGUAUGGGCUCAGUCAUGAUUCUUCGCAGAAGAUACCGCCGGUCGUUACGACCCUUGGACCAGAUUUGGGGGUAGUCAUUAUGAAGCUUUACUACCACGUGUAUAUCCACCCCAACGCAAUUAAGAAACUACCCUCAAAUCUGCAUCGAAAUCUAAAAAAUCAGAACAGUGGAACCAAUGCCUAAGUUGUGGAACUAUCAUUACCAUAAGAGACGCUGAGAAACAUCAAACAGAUUGUCCCCCAAAUCCUAAAAUUUUCACUCAUUUUUAUAUUAGAAAUAGUUGUCUACUAGGCAGUUUGAAUCUGAUGAAUGAAGAUGGUCAAGAUGCAACAGAUGGAUUAAAUAAAUUUGUUUUCUUGAGUCAAUCAUGUAUGCAAAUUUGUGAUUUAGCAAUUUCAAAUUGGACUGUUCUGAAAAUAAAUGAUUUUGCUCCAAUUGUAAAGAAGGCUCAUGAUGGUUUGGACUAUCAUUGUUUUGGGGGUAUUUUUCCGAAUCUCUCAU